CAAUCUGCGUCAUCUUCCACACAUAUUCUUCCUUACCUCUUUUCUUUCUCUCUCUUCUCCUUCUGUAAAUUUUACUCUACUCUUUUCCUCUUUUUGUUUUUUUUUUUUCCAAAAAAACAUACAUAAUCCUCAAAUAAAAAAAAAAAUUUAAAUAAAGAAAGAGUACAAGUAAAAGCACACAAAACCACAUGUACUUGAGAAGUCUCCCACAAGAUCUGUCCUCCCUCAUCUCCUCCUAACCUUCUACUUUCUCUUACUACCUUCACCUCUAAUUGGACUACUCCCUCGGUUUUCGGCUGUUGAAAUUUGAAGAUUGUUGAAUCUUAAUUCAAAAAUGGAGUCUGAUUUAGCAGCUGAUGCUAUACUAGACUGUGUUACUUUCCAAAUAUUGCCAGAAAACAGGUAUGGUGCUUGCGUAUGUUGCGAGGGCAAAGAGGUGAUGGUUAGGGAUGGUCCUCUUGAUCAGCUACUGGAACAUCUACCCAACUUAAAGGAUCAAAUUGUGAAAGGUUCCUGUGAUAACUUCAAAUUAGAGCUACCAAAUUCCAUUGGUGACAGAACAUGGUUCACAAAAGUCACAGUAUUGAGGUUUCUUCACAUGAUUGGCAUCCCGGAUGCACUUAAGAAAUCUAUUGCUAUCAAUAAUGAGAUGUCCCAAUUAGAGGAAACAAGAAAGUUCCACCUUUCAUUGUAUACCCAGGCUGAAAAGAACAUGUCAUCGGAUAACUCAAAGAAUGAAUUACUUCGGGCAAUGGACUCUAGAAUUGCAGCUUUGACAGAAGAAUUGGUUUCAACUUUCAACUUGGCAGCUGGUGCUGCAAUCUCCUUCCAAGAGAUGACUAGACUCCAAGAAUUUUGUCGACACUUUGGAAAUAUAGAUCUCAGAAAUCUGUUGAUGAGGUUGUCGGAGAAAAGCCAGGAAGGUCAGUCCAUUGCUCCUGUGAGCAAUAAGCAGAAUCCCGUUCCAUUAGUUUCAAAGACUGACUAUAUAAACAAGAUAAAUGGAAAUAGUAAUACCCAAAUAGUGGGACAAUCAAAUUCCUUGAAACCUGUUCAGUACAAUGCGUCGCCAGCAAAAGCUGCUGAAAUUGAGAGGCAAAACUUGUCAGAGAGUGAUGACUCAUCAUUUUCAAGUGAAGAUGAUCAGCCACCUGCUACUGAAAGAAGUCGAACACUUAUAAGAUCUGCAUCUCCGCGAAGAUCAGCAUCUCCUAUGCGAAAGGUCCAAAUAGGUAGGUCAGGAUCUCGUCGGACACCUGCCCUAGCUAUUAAAAGCCUUCCUUACUUUCCUCCUAGAGAGAGGAUCCCAUCUUACAGAGACACAGUUGAUGAUUGUAAAUCUGAAGAAUCUGAGGAACUGAACAAAAAGACUGAAAUCAAUGUGACUCGAAUGAGUGUUCAGGAUGCUAUUAGUUUGUUUGAAAGCAGACAGAAAGAUCAAGGAGUUGAGAGCCAGAAAAAGGCAGAUAGCUCUACUAACACAAACAAGGCAGUAUUGAGGAGAUGGAGUUCUGGGAUGAGUGAGUCUCAAAAGUUCAUGACACAUGACACGAUGGAGCACACAACUCCAGAGAAUCAUGCUGAAGAUGAGAAUGCGGAUACUCAAAAGAGUACAGAAGUAAAACUGGUUGCAGUUCCUGCUUCUGAAGAUCAGGAAAUCAAAGAGACUAUGAAUAUUGAUAUGGGAUUAGAGGGAAGCAAAAAAUCGGCCCCAAGUUCGAGUGAAGACGAGGUUCCAGCUUGCCAGCUAGAGGAGAUUUGUGAAAAACUAGAUUCAGCUGAAUGGAAUAGGCAAAAAGAAGAGGAAUUGAAUAAGAUGCUGAUGAAUUUUGCUCAGUAUAAUCUUAGCAACAAGAGUACAGAGCCAGAUAGUAACAGGAAACGCAUUUCUCGGUUGGGUCAAAAUGGUGGACUUAAUGCUCAACAAAAGGAGAGAAAGGAUGAAAAAUUUUCGGCGACAAAAUCUGGAAAGAGAGUAGAAAAACAUUCAGGUAACAAUAAACAGAGAAUGCCAGAUAAGCCUAAGCCAGAAAAAUCUUCUGCCAGGGUAAGCGAUAUAGGAAAGAAGCUCCCAGCUGGUCGAACUCCAAUUGUUAACAAAAAUUCACCCGUCUCUUCAAACCCUAAAAAAGAACCUUUAAAAUCUGCUGUGCCAAAGAAGGUUAUGUCUAAAUCCUCAACCCUACCCGCCACUAGGAAAUCAUGGCCAUCAACACCAUCACCAAGACUCACAGGGGCAGCAUCAACUAAAAGUCCGACAGUAACAUCUUCUUUGGUUACUUCAGUACCUCGUCAAAAAUGCCAAUCUCCAGCACCUCGUCAGAAACCCCAAUUACCUGGAACAAUAUCACGGCCAACCCCUAAGUUAGAAAAACCUCAGCUGCAACAAAAAGAUGUCAAGAAACAACAGGUUGAUACUAAAAAGAAUUUGAAAGUGGAUGAUAGUAAAAGCCGUGCGGUACCAAAAAGUGGGAAAACGACCAGGAUAAAAGCAGUGACGGCUCGUGAAGAGGAUGCUGCUGCUGCUGCUGCUGUCAAUCCUGCCAAAGCAGUCGUGCGUAAGGUGACCAAAAAGAGUAGUGUGGUCCCACUUGAAGUGAAGCCUUCAACUCGCAAGGUCCUUGAAAAAAGCCCUGUAAAAAGUGUCCCGGAGAAAAGCCCUGUAAAAAUUCCUACUAAUCAAAAGAGAGAAAUCCCUCAUGCAGAUGAAAAUUUUAGCAAAUCUGAAGAUCCUGUUAAUGUAGUGGAAAAUUUGGGGACGGUUAUUUCAGAUAAAAUGGAUGAUGUGGAAGUUCAAGAAUCUGAGACCAGGGAUGGUCCGCAUAUUGAACUACAAAUGGAAUCAGACACCGAAAAAAUUGAAAAUGGUAGGGGAACGCAUAUUUCCGUUGAAUCCCCUACCAAUGGUGAAGUUAGUGAGAGCUUGUUAGAGUUGCCAAUAAAUAAUCAGAUUGAACCUGCAGAAGAGUCACAAAUAUCACCAGCUGCCUGGGAGGAAAGUAAUGAGCAAGAUGCCACUCUUCCUCCUGAUGACACCUCUACCUCUUUGGCAAAUCCUGAUGAAGUGGCCUCAUCCGGAAUGAGAGUUCGUCAUUCACUCUCACAGAUGCUUCUACAAGAAAGCAGCGAACCUGAUAUAAUUGAGUGGGGAAAUGCUGAACAUCCGCCUUCCAUGGUCUAUCAAAAAGAUGCCCCGAAAGGCUUAAAACGACUCUUGAAAUUUGCUCGGAAGAACAAAGAAGCAAAUGGAGCUGCUUGGGCAAGCCCAUAUACAUCUGAAGGAGAGGAUGAUGGAGAUGAAUAUAGGAGCCUUGGUAAAAGAAACUCAGACAAUCUGCUGAAGGUUGCCCUCCACUCAAAAAACUAUGCCGAGGGUUUUUUGUCUGAUAACGAACCACUCUCUGCGCGAUCAAAUGCAAGCAACAGCUCUGCUAGAAGUUCAAAUAAGUUUCAAGAUGGCCAUGGUUCUUCAAAAGGUGCGAGAUCUUUCUUCUCUCUGUCUGCAUUUAGGGGGAAAAAUUGAGACUCCGCCUCAUGAAAUUCAGGGAGACGCCUAAUUUUGCUAUAAUCGAUUGUUGUUUAGCUUGCUCCCUUUUGUAUGCUAUAUAAUUUAAAUUGUGCAGUUAAUUGAUUUGCAUCUACAGAUGCUUAUGAAUGUUUUCUUUCAUUGGCAUUCGUCAGCGGUCGAGGGGCCAGGAUGUAUAUUUUUUAUGUAAAAUGUAGAGCAAGCAAGAAGACACUUUUAGGACAUAGAACAGGCUGUGUAGAAAUUACAAGUUUUCAAUUCAAAUACUAUUUAAAUCUCAA